CGCCAAGGAGGGUUAGGCUCCCGCGCGGCCUCCAGGUCGCUGCCUGUGGCGUCACGAGUUUCCCUUUAAUGGCUUCCACCCCUGCCCAGAACCCCGCAAAAGGCAGCGUCUGGGAUCGGAUUCAGAGCUGCUGCCCCCUUGUCCGUCUGCAGAGCCGAGCUCAGCCCAGGACCUAGAGCUGCACGGCGCUGACCCGCGUCCCUCGAAGCUAGGCCCCGGGAUGCCGGGCGUCUCCGCCAGGGGCCUCUCUCACGAGGCAAGGAGGCAGCUGGCUGUGAAGCUCACCCGCGUCCUGGCCCUCUACCGUUCCAUCCUGGACGCCUACAUCAUCGAGUUCUUCACAGACAACUUGUGGGACACACUCCCUUGCUCAUGGCAGGAAGCACUGGAUGGACUAAGCCCCCCCCAGCUCGCCACACUGCUGCUGGGAAUGCCUGGGGAAGGGGAAGUGAUCAGGCUGGGCUUUCUCAGGUACAGGUCUGUAUGGCCACUCACCCUACUGGCCUUGAAGUCCACAGCCUGGGCCCUGGCCUUUACCCGCACACCAGGGUUUCAGAGUCCCUCAGAGUUCCAGGAGAAUUCCAGUCAGAGCUCCCGACUGCCGGCGCCUUUCCGGAAGCAUGUCAGGCCCAAGAAGCAGCAUGAGAUCCGAAGGCUGGGAGAGCUGGUGAAGAAGCUAAGUGACCUCACAGGCUGCACCCAGGUGGUGGACGUUGGCUCAGGCCAGGGCCACCUGUCGCGCUUCAUGGCCCUGGGGCUGGGGAUGAUGGUGAAGAGCAUUGAAGGGGACCAACAGCUAGUGGAGAGAGCUCAGCACCUGGACUGGGAGCUCGUGCAGACUCUGGAGAAGGAGGCGAAGAGGAACCCACAGGUGGUCCAGACCAGCCCUCACCUCUGCCCACACCAUGUGGUUAGGUGGGUGGACCCCACAAGCCUAUGCGAAGACCUCCUCCAGCCACUGGAAUGCCCACCUCUGGAUAGGACCCGCCUGCUGCUGACAGGCCUCCACGCCUGCGGUGACCUGAGUGUGGCUCUGCUGAGGCACUUCUCCUGCUGCCCUGAGGUGGUGGCCCUGGCAUCCGUAGGCUGCUGCUACAUGAAGCUGAGCACUCCUGGUGGCUACCCGCUGAGCCAGUGGGUGGCAGGCCUGCCUGGCUAUAAGCUGCCCUACAGGCUGCGGGAGGGAGCCUGCCAUGCUCUGGAAGAGUAUGCUGAGCGCCUGCAGAGAGCAGGCCCUGCUCUCCGGACCCACUGCUACCGGGCAGCUCUCGAGACAGUUAUCCGGCAGGCCCAGCCUGAGCUCCGGAGGCCCGGCGUGCAGGGCAUCCCCCGGGUCCAUGAACUCAAGAUCGAAGAGUAUGUGCAGCGGGGACUACAGCGGGUAGGCCUGGACCCCCAGACUCCGCUAAACCUGGCCACCCUUCAGGCCCACCUGGCCCAAGAGAACCGCGUAGUAGCCUUCUUCAGCCUGGCCCUGCUGCUGGCCCCACUUGUGGAGACGCUGAUACUACUGGACCGGCUGCUCUACCUUCAGGAGCAGGGCUUUCAUGCUGAACUCCUGCCCAUCUUCAACCCCAAACUCUCCCCCAGAAACCUGGUACUGAUCGCCACCAAGAACCCCCUGGGCCAGGCCUUCUCGGCUCUGGAGACUGAAGAGAGCUGACAGCCUGAGGAAAGCAUGCCUUGAACCCUCUCUAGAGGCACACUGGGUGCCGCUGUGCGUGGCAAGAGUCUGCACCGCCUUGUCUGGAGAACCAGCACCCCAUAUCUUCUCUAGGAUUCUAGGUCCCCAUUGGCCUUCAGCUUCUUAUCUCCUCUCCUUUGUGUGUUAUGAUGUAAAGUGCAUCCAUUUUUUAAUUUAUUAAAACGUGUCUUUAUUUCUCUCCUA